AUGGGGAACACAUCUUCAGUUGAGGAGAUAAAACUAGGAGAUAAAAUCGGCGAUGGAUCGUACGGCGAGGUCUUCAAGGCCGUGUGGUGUGGAAAGCAAGUCGCUGCCAAACGAAUUCGCCCUAUCUUCUUCGAAGGAGAUCACGAUGGCAGCAUCAGAGCCGCUUUCUUGGAAAAGUUUAAAUCGGAGUGGGAGAUACUUCGCAGCCUUCAGCACGACAACAUUGUGCAGUAUUACACUGUAAUUCUGCCUCCUGCUCCGGAGACGCCGAUCAUUGUCACUGAAUUGUUGGAGUGCGACUUGGCGAAGUACCUUCGAGAAUCGGAAAGCAAACCGAAAGUGCCCUUCUCGGAAGUGAUCAAAAUCAUGCUGGACGUUGCUGAAGCUCUGUAUUACUUGCACUCCCGUAAAGAACCGAUCGUACAUCGUGAUUUGGCAAGCAAAAAUGUUCUACUAACGAAAUCGAUGCAUGCAAAGAUUGCGGACUUGGGCUUAGCGAAAGCUUUCCCUCAUGGUGCAAUGGGACUGUGA